UUCCCGUUCUUUCCUACCAAAAAAACCAUUUUCCUAUCUCCCCAUCUCUCUCUAAAAAAAUCACUCUCAUCAUUUCACUCUCCAAACCCUAAAAAAAAGAACGCAAUGGGAGACCCACUAGAAAGGCUAGGAUCAGAAACAGAAAUGGCGAGUCUUGAAUCAACCAUGAAAGAAGAACUCUGCAUGGAAAUCGACCCACCUUUCAAAGAAAGCGUAGCCACGGCGGAGGACUGGAGGAAAGCCCUUAACAAAGUGGUCCCUGCCGUUGUCGUCCUCCGUACCACUGCUUGUCGUGCUUUUGACACCGAAUCUGCUGGUGCUAGUUAUGCUACUGGCUUUGUUGUUGAUAAACGCCGUGGGAUUAUCCUCACUAACCGACAUGUCGUCAAGGCUGGGCCUGUGGUGGCAGAGGCAAUGUUUCUGAACCGUGAGGAGAUUCCUGUGUAUCCGAUAUAUAGAGAUCCUGUUCAUGAUUUUGGCUUCUUUAGGUAUGAUCCUGGGGCAAUUCAGUUUUUGAAUUAUGAAGAGAUUCCUCUUGCUCCCGAGGCUGCUUGUGUUGGGUUGGAAAUAAGGGUUGUUGGUAAUGAUAGUGGCGAGAAGGUUUCCAUUUUGGCGGGGACUCUUGCUCGCUUGGAUAGAGAUGCACCUCACUAUAAAAAGGAUGGGUACAAUGACUUCAAUACAUUCUACAUGCAAGCUGCAUCUGGAACUAAGGGUGGUUCAAGUGGUUCUCCAGUAAUCGAUUGGCAAGGCAGAGCAGUUGCUUUGAAUGCUGGGAGCAAGUCUUCAAGUGCUUCAGCUUUUUUCUUACCAUUAGAACGAGUUGUUAGGGCACUGGAAUUUCUCCAAAAAGGAAGAAACUCGUAUUCCAAUAAGUGGGAGGCAGUUUCUAUACCUCGUGGUACGCUUCAGAUGACAUUUGUUCAUAAAGGAUUUGAUGAGACACGCCGGCUGGGUCUUCAAAGUGAAACCGAGCAGAUUGUGCGGCAUGCAUCACCACUUGAAGAAACUGGAAUGCUUGUCGUCGACUCCGUGGUGCCUGGUGGCCCAGCUUAUACACAUUUGGAGCCAGGGGAUAUCCUUUUUCGUGUGAAUGGAGAAGUGGUCACACAAUUUCUGAAACUGGAGAAUUUGCUCGAUGACAGCGUUGACCAGAAAAUUGUGUUGCAGAUUGAGAGGGGUGGCACGUCAUUGACUGUGAACUUAAUGGUUCAGGAUUUACAUUCAAUAACCCCUGACUACUUCCUAGAAGUCAGUGGUGCAGUGAUUCAUCCCCUAUCUUACCAACAGGCAAGAAAUUUCCGUUUCCAUUGUGGCUUGGUGUACGUUUCAGAACCUGGAUACAUGCUAUUUAGAGCUGGAGUUCCUCGCCAUGCUAUCAUUAAGAAGUUUGCGGGUGAGGAGAUAUCUCAACUUGAUGAGCUAAUCUCAGUUCUGUCGAAGCUAUCUAGAGGUGCUCGAGUGCCCUUAGAAUAUAUAAGUUACACAGAUCGUCAUCGAAGGAAGUCUGUCCUUGUCACAGUCGACCGCCAUGAAUGGUAUGCCCCUCCACAGAUAUAUACUCGUGAUGACAGCUCUGGUUUAUGGACAGCAAAGCCUGCUAUACAGCCUGAUUCCCUGCAGCUAUCAUCUGCUGUUAAAUAUAUGGGACAAAGCGUAACGAGCCAAACUGUUCUCCCAAGUGGUGAGGGAACUCAUGUGGAACAUGUAAAUCUAGGUAACAACCUAGAGUUGGCUGAUGGUGUUACUUGUAUGGAAUCAAGUGAUGACCAUUCUUCUGAAGAACCACAUUCUCGGGAAGAAUCUGAUGUUGGAACAAAGAAACGGAGGGUAUCAGAUUUGUCUGCCAACGGAAUUGCUGUUACUGAUUGUUCCUUGUCUGAAACUGGAGAAGUUAAGUCAGUCGAUUCAAGUACCAUGGAAAGUGAAGUAUCAAGAGACUAUCAAGGUGCAAUGACAGUGACAACUAAUGCUUCAUUUGCAGAAAGUGUGAUAGAGCCUACGCUUGUGAUGUUUGAGGUUCAUGUUCCACAAUCAAUAAUGCUUGAUGGUGUUCAUUCACAACAUUUUUUUGGAACUGGUGUGAUUGUUUAUCAUUCUCAAGACUUGGGAUUAGUUGCAGUGGAUAGGAACACUGUUGCAAUAUCUGCAUCAGAUGUGAUGCUAUCCUUCGCUGCUUUUCCAAUUGAAAUCCCUGGGGAGGUGGUUUUUCUCCAUCCUGUUCACAAUUAUGCUCUUGUUGCUUAUGACCCCUCGGCUCUAGGAGCUGUUGGUGCCUCAAUGGUUCGUGCUGCUGAAUUGCUUCCUGAGCCAGCAUUACGCCGCGGGGAUUCUGUCUACCUUGUGGGGUUAAAUAGGAGUCUGCAUGCGACAUCUAGGAAAUCCAUUGUGACCAAUCCUUAUGCUGCUUUGAAUAUUAGCUCAGCUGAUUGUCCACGAUAUAGAGCAACGAACAUGGAAGUCAUUGAACUCGAUACUGAUUUUGGGAGUUCAUUUUCGGGUGUGCUAACUGAUGAGCAAGGAAGGGUUCAAGCCAUAUGGGGAAGCUUUUCAACUCAGUUGAAAUUUGGUUGUAGUACGUCAGAAGAUCAUCAGUUUGUUAGAGGCAUCCCUGUUUAUGCUGUAAGCCAAGUUCUUGAUAAAAUCAUAAAUGGUGCAAAGGGACCACCUCUUCUGAUAAAUGGUGUCAGUAGGCCAAUGCCACUUGUCAGGAUUUUAGAGGUUGAGCUUUAUCCAACUUUGCUUUCAAAAGCUCGAAGUUUUGCUCUGAGCGAUCACUGGGUCCAAGCUCUUGUCAAGAAAGAUCCAGUUAGAAGACAAGUUUUACGUGUCAAAGGUUGUUUGGCUGGAUCAAAAGCUGAAAAUCUAUUAGAACAAGGAGACAUGAUUUUGGCGGUGGACAAAGAGCCAGUUACUUGCUUUUGUGACAUAGAAAAUGCUUGCCAAGCAUUGGACAAGUGUAGUGACAAUGAUGGAAAGCUCAAACUGACUAUCUUUCGACAGGGACGUGAAAUUGAUCUUAUUGUGGGAACAGAUGUCAGGGAUGGGAAUGGCACAACACGUGUAAUAAAUUGGUGUGGGUGUAUAGUUCAGGAUUCUCAUCCAGCAGUGCGUGCCCUUGGGUUUCUUCCAGAAGAAGGUCAUGGUGUGUAUGUGGCAAGGUGGUGUCAUGGAAGCCCGGUACACAGAUAUGGUCUAUAUGCUCUUCAAUGGAUUGUUGAAAUCAAUGGAAAACCGACGCCUGAUUUAGACGCCUUCCUUAAUGUUACCAAGGAGUUAGGGCAUGGAGAGUUUGUCCGUGUAAAGACUGUCCACCUGAAUGGGAAGCCGCGAGUGUUGACAUUAAAGCAAGAUCUACACUACUGGCCUACAUGGGAGCUCCGAUUUGAUCCCACUAAUGCAGUGUGGCGCCGAGAAACAAUUAAGGGACUAGAUUACAGUGUGUUAUCUGAAUGAGGCAUUCCUAGUUUCUUUUUGUCUAUUUAACCUAGGAGGAAACAACCGAACUACAGAAUGAAGAGUCUCCUGCCCUGGAGGACUUUGGUCGAACAAGGAAUUGUUGUCACGAAAUACUUCAACACAGUUUAUUUAGAAUUGGAGGUGCAGUAUAUAUAUUUUGAACAUUAGAAUCCAAUCAUCAUUAUAUGUUAGAGAAACUUUUAAUGUACUGUAUUAUUGGAUAAUAAAUAAACAUUUAUUGUUUGGCUCCUUUUCA